AUGGCACUUCUAUUUACAGUGGUGUCGGUGUCACCAAAUCCACUGUCACCCUCAAUCUCAUCGAGCCACGUGUCUCCUUCCCGCCACUGCCAUCGUCACCCCUUGUCGUCGAUUUCCAUCCGCCGAAACAAAUCGCCGGGAACGCUUCCUUCGUUAUCUCCGCCGAGUCCUGUCUCCUCUCGGGGUGUGAAGGUUUUCUCUCAACUGCGAUUCCCUUUAAUAUCUCCCGACGAUCACUGGUCUCAAUGGGCUGCUCUCUUCGCCGCCGGCGCUUUCGGUGUCUGGUCGGAGAAGACGAAGAUUGGGAGCAUGGUGAGUGGGGCGUUGACCAGCACGUUGAUUGGGCUCGCCGCCAGCAACUUAGGUCUCAUCCCGUUCGAAACGCCGUCGUAUUCCUUCUUCAUGGAGUUUCUCUUGCCGCAUACGAUUCCACUGCUCUUGUUUAGAGCUGAUCUCCGCCGUAUUAUCCGAUCCACCGGGUCACUUCUCCUUGCUUUCUUAAUUGGAUCCGUUGCGACGGUUGUUGGGACUGUGGUGGCUUUUCUGCUGGUACCGAUGAGAUCGCUUGGUCCGGAUAACUGGAAAAUAGCAGCUGCUCUUAUGGGAAGUUACAUUGGUGGAUCUCUUAAUUUUGUUGCGAUAUCGGAGGCUCUACACAUUUCUCCAUCAGUAGUAGCAGCUGGUGUAGCUGUAGACAAUGUGAUUUGCGCUGUUUACUUCAUGGCUCUGUUUGCGUUGGCUUCAAAGAUACCCCCUGAGACCUCAGCUUCUGUUCCUGAUGCUGACAAGACUAAUAAGCAUGAGAAGCUUGAGGACAAGAACAGAGUGGUUUCAACUUCGAUUGCAUUAUCAGUCUCCUUCUUGAUAUGCAAAGCUGCGAUUUUGAUGACAGAGAUGUUUAAGAUCCAAGGAGGCAUGCUUCCUGCAGUAACAGCCAUCACCAUCAUCUUGGCGACUUCCUUCCCUGAUUUCUUUAACUCUCUUGCUCCUUCUGCUGAAACCAUCUCUCUCAUUCUCAUGCAGGUGUUUUUCACAAUUCUUGGAGCUACAGGGAGUGUAUGGAAUGUUAUCAACACUGCACCAAGUAUCUUCCUCUUUGCUGCAAUUCAAGUAAUGGUUCAUCUUGCAGUGACUUUGGCUCUGGGGAAGUUAUUAUGUGUUGACAUGAAGCUGCUGCUUCUUGCAUCUAACGCUAACAUUGGAGGACCAACCACAGCUUGUGCCAUGGCAACUGCAAAAGGAUGGACUUCUCUUGUCGUUCCAGGGAUUCUCUCCGGCGUUUUUGGAGUCUCCAUUGCAACUUUUCUUGGCAUUGGAUUUGGAGUUUUUGUCCUCAAACGAUUAUAG